AUUUUAACUGUCAUUUUCUUCUUCUUUCUCUUCUUCAGUUCAAUAGAGACAUAAUAGGAUGGGGAAAGGAAACGCAUAUGUACUCGCAUAUGUGUUACUAUUAAUGUAUAUGUCGUCUCAAAUCGAGUGCACCAGCCAAGUGCACGCCCUGAGCCGCCUCUACCUUUCAAAGCGAGGAGUGGGUUCCUCCAUGGACAAAACCCAUUUCAAGGCAGUUAAGGGUUUGAAACCGUCUUCGCUCCCGAGUGUUGUUCACCAAAAGGAGUUAAGAAAGAGAGAUCUCAUACGGAGAUUGCCCGGGCAACCUCCAGUUGAUUUCGAUCAGUAUGGUGGCUAUGUCACUGUCAACGAAUCCGCGGGACGUUCCUUUUUCUACUAUUUCGUGGAAGCCUCCUCCAGCAUUAAGGAUUCUUCUCCUCUGUUUUUGUGGCUCAACGGAGGACCAGGAUGCUCGUCACUGGCGUAUGGAGCAUUACAAGAGCUUGGACCAUUCAGAGUGCACAGCGACGGCAAAACGCUCUUCAGAAACCGAUACGCAUGGAACAAUGCUGCAAACGUGUUGUUCUUAGAAUCCCCAGCAGGAGUGGGAUUCUCUUACACCAACACAACGUCGGAUCUCGAGAAGCCCGGGGACAGGAACACUGCAUCCGAUAACUACAUCUUUUUAGUCAAUUGGCUUGAGAGGUUCCCGGAGUUCAAAGGCAGGGACUUGUACAUUGGCGGUGAGAGCUACGCCGGCCACUAUGUUCCCCAGCUAGCCCAUACUAUCCUUGUCCAUCACCCGAGGAGCUUCCUCAAUCUCAAGGGCAUUUUGAUAGGAAACGCGGUGAUCAACGACGAGACCGACUUGAUUGGCAUGUACGACUUUUUCGAGAGUCACGGGUUGAUCUCCGAGGAUUCUUUGGUCCAACUCAAGAAUAACUGCGAUCUCAAGACUGAGUCUGCGAGCGUGGUGAUGACCGAGGAGUGCGCGGUAGUGUCGGACCAAAUAGACAUGAAUACAUAUUAUCUAGACAUAUACAACAUAUAUGCUCCCUUAUGCCGCAACUCCACGCUCACUCGCAGGCCCAAAAGAGGAACCACUAUACAAAACUUUGACCCGUGCAGCGACAAUUACGUGCAGGCCUACCUGAACAGACACGAGGUUCAGGUAGCCCUGCACGCGAACGGUACGAGGCUGCCUUAUGAAUGGAUGCCAUGCAGCAGUGUGAUAAAGAAGUGGAAUGAUAGUCCCACCACAGUCAUUCCUCUGAUCAAGGAGCUGAUGGGGAAGGGCCUCCGCGUCUGGGUGUUCAGCGGAGAUAUGGACGGGAGAAUCCCGGUCACAUCCACCAAAUACUCGCUCAAGAAGAUGAAUCUAACAGCCAAGACGGCUUGGCAUCCGUGGUACCUAGAUGGAGAGGUGGGAGGAUACACUGAGGAGUACAAAGGGAAGUUGACUUUUGCAACCGUGAGAGGGGCUGGUCAUCAAGUUCCUAGCUUCCAGCCAAAACGAUCUCUUUCACUCUUCAUUCACUUCCUCAAUGACACUUCUCUCCCUGACACCUCCCGUUACUGAGUAUUCCUCCAUCUGAUAACUGUUAAAUUAUUUUCUUAAUUAGCUUCUUUUUUUUUAAUCCUCACAUCCAUUCUUUAUCUAUUCAAUAACUUUAAAUGUCAAUAUUUGUUGUUGCAAUCUAUCUCUCUACUAUUUAUCACGCCCACAUCUUCUAAACUACUAAGAUGACACAUUCUAUUAAUCAUCUUCGGUUACUUACUUCUCUCGCGAAGAGAAGAAAAAACACUAACUGG